AGCCGGGGCCGGGCCGGGGCCGGGCGCGGGCGGUUCCGUCUCGGUUCCGGUUCCGGUUCCGGGUCGGCGGGGUCGGGCCGGUGCCGGCCGCGGCGGGCGGCCCCGCGCAAGAUGGCGGACCUGGAGGCGGUGCUGGCCGACGUGAGCUACCUGAUGGCCAUGGAGAAGAGCCGCGCCGCGCCCGCCGCCCGCGCCAGCAAGCGCAUCCUGCUGCCCGAGCCCAGCAUCCGCAGCGUCAUGCAGAAGUACCUGGAGGACCGGGGCGAGGUGACGUUCGACAAGAUCUUCGCGCAGAAGAUCGGGUACCUGCUGUUCCGGGACUUUGCCCUCAACCAGGCAGAGGAGGCCAAGCCCCUGAUGGAGUUUUACGAGGAGAUCAAGAAGUACGAAAAGCUGGACUCGGAGGAGGAGCGAGCCUCCCGGAGCCGCCACAUCUUUGACCAUUACAUCAUGAAGGAGCUGCUGGCCUGCUCCCACCCCUUCUCCAAGAGUGCCACGGAACAUGUCCAGAGCCGCCUGAGCAAGAAGCAGGUGCCCCCAGACCUCUUCCAGCCCUACAUUGAGGAGAUCUGCCAGAACCUGCGUGGGGGCAUCUUCCAGAAAUUCAUCGAGAGUGACAAGUUCACGCGGUUCUGCCAGUGGAAGAACGUGGAGCUGAACAUCCAUCUCACCAUGAACGACUUCAGCGUUCACCGCAUCAUUGGCCGUGGUGGCUUCGGGGAGGUCUACGGCUGCCGGAAAGCAGACACGGGCAAAAUGUACGCCAUGAAGUGUUUGGACAAGAAGCGCAUCAAGAUGAAGCAGGGCGAGACCCUGGCCCUCAACGAGCGCAUCAUGUUGUCCCUCGUCAGCACCGGGGACUGCCCGUUCAUCGUGUGUAUGUCGUAUGCCUUCCACACGCCUGACAAGCUCAGCUUCAUCCUCGACCUCAUGAACGGGGGGGACCUGCAUUAUCACCUCUCCCAGCACGGUGUCUUCUCGGAGGCAGAGAUGCGAUUCUAUGCAGCUGAGAUCAUCCUGGGUCUGGAGCACAUGCACAGCCGCUUUGUGGUGUACCGUGACCUCAAGCCGGCAAACAUCCUCCUGGACGAGUUUGGGCACGUCCGCAUCUCAGACCUGGGCCUGGCCUGCGACUUCUCCAAGAAGAAGCCCCACGCCAGCGUGGGCACCCACGGCUACAUGGCCCCCGAGGUGCUGCAGAAAGGAGUGGCCUACGACAGCAGCGCCGACUGGUUCUCGCUAGGCUGCAUGCUCUUCAAGCUGCUCCGGGGGCACAGCCCCUUCCGGCAGCACAAGACAAAGGACAAGCAUGAGAUCGAUCGCAUGACCCUCACCAUGGCCAUCGAGCUGCCCGACUCCUUCUCCCCUGAGCUGCGUUCCCUGCUCGAAGGGUUGCUGCAGCGGGACGUCAACCGGCGGCUGGGCUGCAUGGGGCGUGGGGCUCAGGAGGUGAAGGAGGAGCCCUUCUUCAAGGGUGUGGACUGGCAAAUGGUUUUCCUGCAGAAGUACCCACCACCCCUGAUCCCACCCCGGGGUGAGGUGAACGCAGCUGACGCCUUCGACAUCGGCUCCUUUGAUGAGGAGGACACGAAGGGUAUCAAGCUGCUAGAGAGCGACCAGGAGCUGUACCGCAACUUCCCGCUCACCAUCUCAGAGCGGUGGCAACAGGAGGUGACAGAGACGGUCUUUGACGCUGUCAACGCUGACACUGACAAGCUGGAGGCUCGCAAGAAAGCCAAGAACAAGCAGCUGGGACAUGAGGAGGACUAUGCCAUGGGCAAGGACUGCAUCAUGCACGGGUACAUGUCCAAGCUGGGCAACCCCUUCUUGACACAGUGGCAGCGCCGCUACUUCUACCUCUUUCCCAACCGCCUGGAGUGGCGUGGGGAGGGCGAGUCGCCGCAGUCUCUGCUCACCAUGGAGGAGAUCGACUCGGUGGAGGAGACGCAGGUGAAGGAGCGCAAGUGCAUCCUGCUCCGCAUCCGCGGCGGCAAGCAGUUCGUGCUGCAGUGUGACAGUGACCCCGAGCUGGUGCAGUGGCGGAAGGAGCUGCGGGAUGCCCAGCGCCAGGCCCAGCAGCUGCUGCAGCGAGUGCCGCGCAUGCAGAACAAGCCCCGCUCACCUGUGGUGGAGCUCAGCAAAGUGCCGUUCAUCCAGCGCUCUGCCAACGGGCUCUGACCGCGCACCCUCCUCCCCACUUCCCACCCCACUUCUAAUUUAUUGGGUUGGGUUCCCACGUGCCCCUGCUCCUCGUCAUCCCUGGGCCAGGCACUGCAGGGAUGCCCCGUGCCAGAUCCAGCCCUGUGCCCAGGCACCCCUGGGGUCAGGCGUGGAGGGGGCUCAGCCGCCAGCAGGGAGCUGGUGCCAGCCGCGUGGCUCGUGCUCGGCACGUCUCCCUGGCGUCCCCCCGGUCCUCUGUGACCUCUCCAGCUGAGAUGAAGGUAGCCCCAUGCCCUUCUCCCUGCCUGCUGCUCUGCCCCCAGCCUGGUGCCUGCUUCACCACCGCCAUGUGUGCCAAACAGGGCGGGCGGCUGCCCCCCCUCCACACAGGUCAAGACCUGUCCCCCCCCUACUUCACCCGUAGCCUUUGCCCUGGCCCUUUUGUGCCCAUCCUGUGGGUGCCAAGCCCUUGAUGUGCCCGUGAGAGUGAGUGCGUGCGUGCUUGCCUAGGGGACCCCUGUAAAUACUGUGCUAUGGGUCCCCUGCCCCUCCCGCCACCCCGUGCGCUGGGUGGGGGGCACCCCUGGCACCCCCGGGCAGGGGGUGGGCAAGGAGAGGGCAGCAGGGGGGCCCCCCUCUGCGUGCUGUCGCCUUGCUGCCCGUGUCCCCAGCGGCGGGGUGUCGUCGUCGCCCGUUUCCCCCAGCCCUGGUGGCAUCUGUAAAUAUUGGUCUGCGGCCGCCGCGCUCUGGGGGCUGCCGGCGGGAGGGGACGCCGGGCAGGGUCUGGGUGUGAAUGAGAUUUUAAUGAGCGGAGAUGUGAGAACGGAGAGAGAAAAAAAAAAAAAGAAAAAGAAAAAGAAAAAGAGUUUUUAUAAUAAAGAUGUGGAAAAACA